UAAUCUUUAAAUUAUUGUUAUAAGAAUCAGAAUUCCUGGGUAUUGAUAAAGAAAGAAAUUUACAUGUUGUUAAACACAUACUCAGUAAAGAUUGAAGUUUCUAAAAAAAUGUAGAUAUAAAACUAGUUUUAAAACGUCCUAACUAUAUUCUACGUAAGAACAGUUUAAAAACACUCAAGGAUUGCUUUAAUAUUGCAUAAAACGUGCUUGCCUCUGAAAAAUUAAGUCAUGUUCCCAUGUAAACGAAUUUGGUCAGCUCGAUGGACUCCACUGUAGAAGUAAGAUGGUUUCCUACUUUUUGUCAUUUGAUUCAGUUGAUUCAACCAUUUUUGUAAAAAGAUGAAAGAAGGGAUACUAUAAAAUAACAAACACUUUUUUCUCCGUUCUCUUCACUAAAAAUAAUUUAAGUUUAAAUCUCGAUAUCUCUAAAGUAAUUUUUGCCUAAUACACCUCUAAGUUUUAGGCUAAAAAACAUUUAUGAAUAUUUAGAGGAAACUAAAAUCUUAAUGUUUUGAGUAUAUUGAGCUUUCAAGCGUUGUUGUUUUUGUUCUUUAAAAUAAAUUGUUGAGAUUUAUAAAAGCAGAACAACGAAGAAGAAAAGCAACUUUAUCAUACAAAUUCGGAAGUAAACCUUAAAAAGCAAAACCAAACACCCUUUCAAGUGAAGUAGAUUUGAAUAGUGUGCUUUUUAUGCAAUAAGCUUUAAUAAAGCUUUACCUUUUAGGUUCAAGAGUCUGGAACUCGAUAAAGGUGUUUGAUAAUUUUUUACGUCUUCCCAGUUUGUUAUUUUAUGACAAAAACAGCACUAUUUGAUAGGAAAUGUAUCUGGCUUUCAGAAAAUAUGUACCUUUAUAUACUUUUAUAUCGCAGUUUAAGAUAUACAUACAGUAUUCUUAAUAUGGCUAAUAGGUGCUUCGAACAUCCUUAAAUAAAUAUGUCGAAGAAAAUUGCAAAGUAAUAAUUGCAUACUAAAUAAACAAACCAAAAAAUAAUUUUCAUAUAAAUAUGACUAACAUAUUAGAGAACAAACCCUGAACUUUCAUUUUCAACAUUCUUUUCUAAAACAAAUAUUUGUAAGUCACCCUGCAACCCGUUGGGAUGUCCAAUCUACGGUUUCGAUUAUUAAGUUUUUACAUACACUGGAACUUUUAGUUUUAUAAUAGGAAUAACAUCUGUCUUGAACGUUUUGUAAUAAAUAAAUUAUCAUAAAUUGUGUACAAAUAACCUUUUGUUUACAAAAACCAAUCGUAUUUCGCAGCGUACAAAAAUUCCUAGAAGGUUAGUAACCCGAGACUGAUUGAAGAAUCCUCGCUCAACAAAGCUGCUUUUCUCUUGACUGACGAAAAAGCUAUUUUAUGACGUAAAAUGAGGAUAUUUUGCCAGGUACUGGGACAUUCCACACUGCCGUGGUCUACCUAUAAAUACUGCCUGAAAAAAUAUAAAAGGUAGUCUGAAGUUAAAGCAAACUAGGGAGACAUUGGACAACAAAACAUGGCUACUUUUACACUGCAAAACCUGAGCAUUGCAUUAAAUGUGAUAUUUGUCACGCUACUUGUCAUAGUGGUGAUUCACUAUGAAACAAGAGGCGAUAGCAGAAAACUAAAGUUUCCUCAAAGAUAUCAGUUUCUUUACUCUGGUUCUAAAAAAAUUAACAAUGGGAGAUCAAAAUCUAUUUCGACGAAGAGAGGCAUUAUGCCUAUGUCAACUUCAACGACAACCAUCUCCCAAAAUUCAUCAAAUUCUACGUUAUCAGGAUUCGAUAUAACUAAGAAAAGUACAAAAAACAUGGCGUCGUUUAUAACAGCAUCAUCAGGAUGUUCAAACUGUGUCACGGCUGAGGAAGAUUUUUUCCAAUUUUCAACAUUCUUACAAGGAACAAACCUGAAAGGAAAUCAACUAAAGAAUAAUAUCGAGGUUUUGCGAUGUUAUUUUGCUGACCUUUUACCUGAUAAUAAGUUGGACGAUAAAAGCACAGCUGCUUGUAGUAACCACGAUGGAACAACUUUUACGUUUUUGAAUCAAGUCAUAUUCAAGAGUAUGAAAAAUUAUAACAAUAACGACACGGUUUCGUUAUCCCAAAUGUCACAACUUCUGCAGCAAUUCAUUCCAAGUUUAAUUCUCAUGGAAGCAUACGAAAAAGAUGUAUUGAAGAAGAAAGCAAGAGUUGCAUUUCCAGAACGAAUAUCUAAAAUAAAAAAAGGAGUGAUUAAAUUUGCAACAGAUAUGCGUGUUAUAAGAAAGAAUCUGCUGCAAUGUCAAUGUAUCUACAACCCACUUUACGAGAAACCACUUGGCCGCACUGUUUUGGAAUUUAAUAAUCCAAUCUUUAACACCACGAGCAUAGUAGAAAGAGAAUUAACAGUCAUGAAGCAGUUGGAGAUGACUUUUCAGUUAAUAAAAGAGGUCCUUGGACAUCGCCGACGUUGUUUGCGCUGAAGGAGUCCCCUAAAUAUAAAUAGCUAUAUGCAUAUUUGCACAGGAUAAAAAAUUUAUUAAAAAUUUUAAAUGAAGUUACUUAUAACAAUGUAAUGCGCUAGUUUUCUAAACAAGAUCAUACCUCCACAUUCUCCGUGGGUUACCUGGUUAAUAAAGUUUUAAAGCGGUAGAUAAUAAAAUUGCAGAAUGCUGUAUUUAUUUAUUUAUUUAUACAAAUUUCAAUGAUGAACAUAAUUUCUUUCUUUGGCAAUCUUGUUACGACGACUAUAUAUUAGUACUUCUUUUGUAUUUAUUUAUUUUUGAUUUUUUUCUUCCAUGUUAAGUAUUAUUUUGUGAUGUUUAUUAUCGUUUGUCAGCCUUGGUCUCACAGCGUUUUAUACUUCCAAAUUAAAGAAGACAAACAGAAGUGGGCAGGUGAUAGAAUGUCCGCAGGAAAGAAGAUUAAGAAAAGCUUACAAUUCUGUGCAUGUUUGAAAUAUUUUAUCUUAUGUAAAAAUUGCUUAUGAAUUUUAAACAGGAGAAUGUUUUCAACUCCAUGUACAGCCUGAUCAGAGCAAUUAUUGAAUUAAUUUUUUAACAGCCUGCUAAAAAUAAACUUAGGCUGUAACGAUUCUGUUGAGUGAGUAACCAAAGUCUGAAAAAUCUGGAAAUCUGGAAAGCAUAUUUGUUAAGCUGAAAUGUCGUUUUGUGUCUGAAUAUCUCAUCAAACACUGUAGCUAGUGAACCAGCUCUGUAGGUAUCAUUCUGGUACAGACAAAAUAUUUAGACUAGAAAUAACGUUUGCAAUAAAUUUUGAAUAUAUUGUUAUUUCUUUAAUGCUGUUUAUUAAUUAUUAUAUUCUUGGUGUUAUAAAAUUAUUUUUAAUGCUUUAUGAAA